AUGGCUUUUGUGAAAAUAGUAUCUGUAGAAGAUCUUAAUUGUCCAGUGUGCUUUGAAAUCUUUAAGACUCCUGUUCUUCUGUCAUGUAGUCACAGUAUCUGUAAAGAGUGUCUUCAACAGUUCUGGAAAAACAGGAAGACUCAGGACUGUCCCGUCUGCAGGAGAAGAUCCUCAAGAGAUGAACCUCCAUGUAAUCUGGUGUUGAAGAACUUAUGCGAGUCAUUCACAGCAGAAAGUGCUCCAGGGUCUGAGGAGGUCUGCAUUAUCCACAAUGAGAAACUCAAACUCUUCUGCUUGGACGAUAAACAGCCUGUGUGUAUUGUGUGCAGAGAUUCAGAAAAACAUGCUAAUCACAGAUUCAGCCCAAUCGAUGAGGUUGUUCCAUCUUACAAAGAGCAGCUUAAUACAGCACUGAAGUCCUUACAAGAGAAGCUUAAACACAGAGAAAAAAAUAAAGGAGAGUGUGAUCAAACAGUCCAGCACAUCAAGACUCAGGCUGAGCUCACAGAGCGGCAUAUUAAAGAGGAGUUUAAGAAGCUUCAUCAGUUUCUGCAGGAUGAAGAAGACGCUUCAAUCACUGCACUGAGGAAGGAGGAAGAGCAGAAGAGUCAGAUGAUGAUGGAGAAGCUUGAGGAGAUGAACAGACAGAUCUCAGCUCUAUCAGACACAAUCAAAGACUUAGAGGAGAAGAUGAAUGCCAGUGACGUCUCGUUUCUACAUAGCUUUAAUGCCACAAUGGAAAGAGCCCAGAGUUCACAGCAAGAUCCACAGAUGCUUUCUGGAGCUUUGAUUAAUGUGGCAGAUCAUCUGAGAAACCUGACCUUCAGAGUCUGGAAGAAGAUGCAGCAACUUGUUCAAAACUCUCCUGUGACUCUGGACCCAAACACUGCAAAUACUUAUCUGAUCCUGUCUGAUGAUCUGACCAGUCUGACAAGCAGUGAAACGUGGCAACCGGUUCCGGAUAAUCCAGAGAGAUUUGAUGAAUAUUCUUGUGUUCUGGGUUCAGAGUGCUUUAACUCAGGAACACACUUCUGGGAUGUGGAGGUUGGAGACAAUUCAGAGUGGGUUAUUGGAGUAACCACAGAAUCAAACCAAAGGAAAGGAGAAGUUUUCUUUAAAACCAAUGUCUGGUGCAUGUGGUAUGAAGAUGGUAAAUAUUUCUCACAAUCCCCAAAGAAACCAAACAGACCAUUUGCAGUUAUAGAAAAGCUUCAGAGGGUGAGAGUGGAGCUGGACUGGGACAGAGGAAAACUCUCAUUCUGUGAUCCUGUAACUAACACACAUCUACGCACAAUGACAACCACCUUCACAGAGAGAGUCUUUCCGUUCUUUUAUACUUUUGAUGGAUCUGUCCCUCUGAAGAUAUUACCAGCUAAAGUGGAUGUAACAACAGAAAACGCUUUGCACAUGACACGCUUGUAACA